UAGAGCAAAGAGUGUAUCAGGAGGAGAUGGAGAAAUUACACGAAGAAAUUGCUGAAGCAUUCAAAUAUUUUCAAAGAUUCUUUGAAAUCUCCCACCUUGCAGAGAAGAGGGGGCUGUCCUCAGAUCCUGCAGAAGUGACUGGGCCAGCUGAGUCAGCAGAAACUACAGAUAACCUCAAGCUUUGUCCUCCUGAAGAGUUCCUGAAAGUGUGCAAAGAAAGAGCAGGAGAGAUCUAUCCAAUAAAGAAGAGAAAAGACCGCACUCGCCUGGCUCUCAUCAUAUGCAAUAGAGAGUUUGAUCACCUUCAGCCCAGACAGGGGGCUGAACUUGACAUCACAGGGAUGAAAGAGUUACUUGUGGGCCUUGGCUACCGUGUGAUUGUGGAAGAGAAUCUCACAGCCAAGGUAAGGGCUCCUCACGCACGCCCAGAGCACAGGACCUCAGAUAGUACAUUCCUGGUGUUCAUGUCACAUGGCCUCCUGGAUAGACUCUGUGGGAAACAGCACAGCGAUGAAAACCCAGACGUGCUACCUUAUGACACCAUCUUUCGGAUAUUCAACAAUCGCAACUGCCCCAGUCUCAAGGACAAACCUAAGGUCAUCAUUGUCCAGGCCUGCAGAGGUGAAAAUCGCGGGGAAUUGUGGGUCAGUGACUCUCCAGCAGCCGUGACAGACAGCUCUUCCCAGUCACCUGAGAACCUGGAGGACGAUGCCGUUUACAAAGCACACGUGGAGAAGGACUUCAUUGCUUUCUGCUCCUCAACCCCACAUAACGUGUCCUGGAGAGACCCUAGUAAAGGUUCUCUCUUCAUCACAAAACUAAUCAGAUGCUUCAAGAAGUAUUCUUGGCGCUGUCACCUCGAGGAAGUAUUUCGGAAGGUUCAACUAUCAUUCGAAAAGCCAGAUGUUAGUGCCCAGAUGCCAACCAUUGAACGACUAUCCAUGUCAAGAUAUUUCUACCUCUUUCCUGGCAAUUGAAAAUAGUAAGUAUCAAAGCUGUUGGCAGGGAAUUACAGGCAGUCCUGUCCUUCUUUACCAACUUCUAGAAGCACCUUUGCCAGUAUGGCACACAUAUUUAACCUUUUGUAUUUAAAUAAAAAUGAAAACACAU